CUUCGAUUAUUCGUCGCCCAUCAACGAGCCUACUCGCCCUCUCAUCACCUAAUACCGCUCCCCUUUCUACCAGUAGCCCAUUUGAGCGCUCGUCACAAUGGGUGGUCAGCUGUCCAAGAUGAUGGGCAAGAUCUUCGGAUCUAAGGAGAUGCGCCUGCUCAUGCUCGGACUCGACGCCGCCGGCAAGACCACCAUUCUGUACAAGCUGAAGCUCGGCCAGGACGUCACCACGAUCCCCACUGUCGGUUUCAACGUCGAGACGGUUACCUACAAGAAUGUCAAGUUCAACGUCUGGGAUGUCGGCGGCCAGGACAAGAUCCGCCCCCUCUGGAGACACUACUUUAGCGGCACUCAGGGUCUUAUUUUUGUCAUCGACUCGUCAGACCGUGCACGCAUUGAGGAGGCCAGGUCAGAACUGCACCGUAUUAUCAACGACCGCGAGAUGAAGGACAGUCUAUUGCUCGUUUUCGCCAACAAGCAGGAUCUCCAGGAUGCCAUGAAACCGCACGAGGUCACCGAGGCUCUGCAGCUCUCCAAGCUGAAAGACAAGGUCUGGUACGUGGUGCCCAGCUGUGCCACCACCGGCGAGGGUCUCCUGGAAGGCCUUGCUUGGCUUUCCAAUAACGUCAAGGCGCCGCCAGCGCCCGCCAAGAAGUAAAGAGUGAGAAGGGAUUGCGCUGGGAACAUGCGACCACCGACAUGUAUCACCAUGGGACGACGGAUGGUCCGAGAAGUGCAUUCGACUCCCCGUUGACGAAAUUGAUUCCUUGCUUCACCAACUUCUCGUAUGUCAUUUCGGGGAGCCCUUUUUGCCC